AGCGAUUGGUGGUUUCUCCAUCACAUAUGAUCGAUCAUUGGUCAUCGAUUAUAGUGAUAUAACAAUGGUUGAUGAAAUUGCAUUUAUAUCACGUAUUCCAGAACUUCGAUCAAGAUCUUGGCUAGUUAUUGAACCAUUUUCUCGUUUACUUUGGUUCAUAAUAUUUAUUUCGUUUAUAUUGGUUUCGUUAAUAUGUUAUUUAAUUCCAAAAUGGGAAAUUCAUGACAAUGAUGAUGAUGUUUCUGUACGAUAUCGAUCAAUUUUGUCGAAACAACUAUUGGCUAUCAUGGUUAAUCAACAGGCUCAUGUUCUGAUGUUAACAUCAUGGAAACAACGUUUAAUUCUUAUCGGCUGGAUAUUAUGCAAUAUGGUAUUAGCCAUUUCAUAUUCAACUGAAUAUUACACGUUACUUGCACUAGUACAAUAUGAUGAUCCAUUAUUGACUAAAGAUGAUCUGAUCAGAGUAACUCAAAUGAAUAGUCAUCAUUUUUUCACACUUGAUGGGAGCGUUGUAAUGGAUUUUAAAAUCAUUGAUAGUGAUGGUUCUAAGAUGAUAAGCAGAAAUUUAGAAGAAAAUGAACGCUAUAAUGUUAUGCAACUGGAAGAAGGUUUCGAUAGAAUUGCUAAUGAUUCUCGAUUCAUAUUAAUUGAAUCUAAAGCAUCAUUUAAAUUCCUUAUAAAAACAUAUGCACAAAAAGCAAUGCUUAUUAGUAAUGAUAUAUUGGCAACUGAUUAUCUUGCUAUUGCAUUCAGAAGACGAUCACCAUUUUUUGAUUCAUUUAAUUAUAUGUAAGUAAUUAGUUUCAUUUGAUUUAAUCGUUUUUUUGAUUUUUAUUCUGUUCAUUUCAUUUUAAUGAUUAGAAUAAGAACAUGUAGCCAUUAUGGUCUUACGCAAUAUUGGCUAAACAAAUUGAUUUUAUUCUCUGAAACGGCCAAUGUUGAUGAAUAUUCCAUUUCAUCCAUUGGAACAGCAGCAAUAAAAACAACAUUAACAACCGAUGGUUUAAAAAUCUAUGACCUUGGUUCUAUAUUUAUCACCUGGUCGAUUGGAUUAUCUUAUUCAUUCAUUAUAUUAUUGGGAGAGAUUGUUAUGAAAUUUAUAGUCAAAUCGAAGAAACAAUAUCAAUCAACCAACAAUAAAAAAAUGAAAUUAACAACAAUCAUUAAUAUAUGUGAUUGA